AUGAAGUUCGCUCGAAUACUUUUGUUGUUCGCAUUGUACAUAAAUCUCAACGAUGCAACGAUACGUUUUACAAAUUUGAAAUGUGAAACAUUUAAUAAGGAUUUCCUCACCUUUAAAGAAUGUAAUUUGAAAGUAAUCUCCCGCGGCAUUAUUGGUUUAAAUGUACAUGGUAAUAUAUGGCAACUACCUAUAAGUAAUAUGUCGAUCAAUUUGUCAUUGUUCAAAAAGUUGAGUGGCUAUAAACCAUUUCUCUACAAUAUAAGCGUAGAUUUGUGUAAAUUUUUUAAGAAUCCCAAAAAAUAUCCAUUCAUUGAACUAUAUCAUCGGGUUAUAGUCAAAGAAUCAAAUAUUAAUCAUACGUGUCCUUACAAUCACGACCUCAUUGUAAAGGAUUUGGUUUUAAACGAAAAUAAAUUUAAAUAUCUACCAUUGCCACGCGGGGAAUAUCGUUUCGAUUUGAAAGGUGGUGUUAAUAAUGAUUGGAAAGGAGAAGUAAAGGCGUAUGUUGAUGUUAGCAGUGAUUUGUAA